CGCACACGCACAUUAAUGUGAUAUAUAUGUUAUCAGAGAAUAUAAUGUAUAUCAAUAUAUGAAUUGGAGCAAUAAAGUGUUGUAGUUUUUUUUUUAAUUCCUCCUUUAAAUUAAUCCUGUAAGAUAACUAUAAAGAUAAUCAAGUUAAUUUAAAAAAACUCGAUAAAAAAUAAAAUUGUGAUCUUUGAUCGUCGAUGGUGAAUCCAGAGCGACUUUUAAAGUCUUAGUUUGCCUCGCCGAUAAGACUAUAACCUCACUUUGAAGGUGAUUGAAGAAAAAGAACAAAAUUAAUACUGUAUAAAAAUAAAAGCAUGGAGGGGACCAGAGAAACGGUGAUUGUAAAAGAAAAAGAAAAUGAGAAACCAGUUUUGCUUAGAAAUGUGAAAGUGAUUGUAAAGGUGAGAGGGGACCACUACUAUCCCUCCAUUGGAAAUGUCAACGUGUCUUGUUCGUACCACAACAAUCUGUAAUAUCAGUAUUCUCGUCGGUUACUGCGAAUCGUGAAGACUCCUUGACUUUGCGGAAAUUCGUUGAUAAAUUUAGAUAACAAUCGAUAAUAAAUAUUACAAUUUUUUUUUUUAUUUUUAUCGUGUAACAAUAAACGUAAUUUUUUUACACAAUCAUGGAAGUGAAUUGUUUAAAAGAAAAACUUGAAAAAUUUAAUCAAGUACAUUUACUUCGUUUUUGGGAUAAAAUUUCAGAUCAAGAGAAAUCAACUCUUUUUAAAGAUAUUUUAGAAUUGGACCUACCGGAGGUCACGUCUUAUUUUGCAAAAUCAUUAAUUUCAAUAAAAGCAAAUCGUGAAAAUUUAGAUUCAAAAAUAAAACCAAUACCAGAAAAUGUUUUUGAAUCUGUAUGUUCAUCAACAAAAGAAAAAUUAGAACAAUACGAAUUGACAGGAUUAAAGGAAAUUUCCGAAGGUCGAGUCGCUAUACUUUUAUUGGCUGGAGGUCAAGGUACUCGACUUGGUGUAAAUUAUCCCAAGGGAAUGUAUGAUGUUGGACUUCCUUCACACAGCACUCUAUUUCGUUUGCAAGCUUUAAGAAUUCGUAAACUACAAGAACUUGCUGAAGAAAAAUUCAAAAAACAUGGUCAUAUUACAUGGUAUAUUAUGACAAGUGAAGCAACUCACGAAACAACUUUAUUAUAUUUUGAAAAAAAUGAUUAUUUUGGAUUAAAGAAAGAAAAUAUAAAAGCAUUUAAACAAGAGAUGCUACCCUGUUUUACUUUUGAUGGUAAAAUAAUAUUGGAUGAAAAAUGUCACAUAUCAAAAGCACCAGAUGGAAAUGGAGGACUUUAUCGUGCAUUAAAAAUUCAAGGCGUAUUGGAUAAUAUGAAGAAGCGCGGAAUAAAUAGUGUACAUGUAUUUUCAGUAGACAAUAUUCUUGUUAAAAUUGCUGAUCCAAUCUUUCUUGGAUUUUGUUUAUCAAGAUCUGCGGAUUGUGGAGUUAAAGUUGUACCAAAACGUUCGCCAAACGAAGCAGUGGGCGUUGUUUGUCAGGUAGAGGGACAAUAUCGUGUUGUUGAGUACAGUGAAAUAACUUCAAAGACAGCUGAAUUGAGAAACAAUGAUGGAGAAUUAGUAUUUAAUGCUGGCAAUAUUUGUAAUCAUUAUUUUACAUUAGAUUUUUUGUGUGCUGUUGGUAAUGAACACGAGGGGGAACUUGAUUUGCAUGUUGCAAAAAAGAAGAUUCCCUAUAUUAAUGAGAAUGGAAUAAAAAUAAUUCCCAAUUCUCCAAAUGGAAUUAAAGUUGAAAAAUUUGUCUUUGAUGUUUUUAAGUUUGCAAAAAAUUUCGCAGUUUGGGAAACAAUUCGAGAAUGUGAAUUUAGUGCUUUAAAAAAUCCAGAUGUCGCUGGAUUUGAUUGUCCAUCAACUGUUCGUAAAGAUUUAAUGUCAUUACAGAAAAAAUGGCUAAUUAAUGCUGGUGCAAUUUCCGUUAAUGGAGACGUUGAAAUUUCUCCUCUUUUAUCAUAUGCAGGUGAAAAUUUAGAAAAAAUGGCUAAAGGAAAACAUAUUCAUGGUCCAGUUGUUCUUUCCUCACAUUUGUAAAUAUAGUUUUAUUAAAAAAUUUUAAUAAUAGAUUUUACCAUAAUUUUAAAAUGCUUCUAACAUUGUUCUAAAUUUACUUUUAUUCUUUUUGUGAAGACAAUAAAAAAAAAAAAAACGAAAUUAGAAGCACUUGUGCCUUGAGCAAUAUUUAUAUCAGUGUACAAGAUUAAAACAUUCCAAGAACUGAACAGUCUAUAGAAUGAUAACGAUAUUAAUUUAAUUAUAUAUUGAUUGUGAUCAUUUAGAUUUUCAUUCCCCCUGAAUAUUAAUUUUUAAAAAAUUUUAAAAUAACUUUCGAGUGGUCAAUUAUGUAAAACAAUUUUAAGUGUAAUUAAAAUGAAUUUUAUUAUUUUGUAAAAAUUAAACCAUUUAAAAUGUAUGUCUCUAGUUCUAAAUAAAAUUAAUUAAAAAAAUGAAA